AGGUCCCUCAUGGGCAGGGGGCGGAACAACGAGUCAGGGAAGACGUACACCGGCAUGGUAAAGAGCUACAACAGGAAAGGGUUCGGCUUCAUCAUGUGCCCACUUCUGGACCAGGACAUCUAUUUCUCGCGCGAGAGCGUUCACCAGCAGCUGCAGACCUCAGACCUAGCUGGGGAGCACGUCACCUUUGAGGUGCACCGUUUCCCCGACGGCAAGCUGCAGGCGAGGUCGCUGCGAGCAGUCGGAGACGUCAGUGGCUUCAAGGGCCCCAGGGAGCCUCCCAGGCCCAAGGGGCCUGGUGAGAAAGGGGUGCCCUUCUACGGCGGCAAGGAGGAGGAGGACAGAAGCAGAGACUGGUACUGCGAGAACAAGUCCUGUGGCGAGCGGAAUUUUGUCAAGCGGUUCGAGUGCUACAAAUGCAAGGCCCCCAGGCCCGCUGGCCAUGGCAUCCCAGAGCAGCCCGUGCAGCAGCCUCCUCCACGGCGGACGCUGUC